AUGGAGCCCUCCCGAUUUUACUACGAAAAUAAUGAGCCAACCUACCAAACUUUACCUACCAGUCUUCUUGCAUUAAAAGACCAACCACUGCUUACACUGGAGGCAGCUACAGCACCUCUCGCAGAUCUUUUCACUAAUCUUGAACAGUACGUCAGACGUUCUAAAACGGCAUGUCAAGAUAAAAUUGGUUUGUUAACACUCGACGAAGCUGCAAGCAUCUAUCUCUACACUCUAACAUUUAAACCACCACCGUCCCUUUACAGUCUGCUAAAUGCGACACUUCGAAUAAAAGAUGACCAGCAUCAUAGAGACGAAGAGUUAGAAAAGUGGUUACUAUACCUGAAACUUUAUAUCACAGCUCUUAACAAAUUGCCAUCUGAGGUUAAAACUGUUUACCGGGCAAUUAAAGACACUGGGUUUAAUAUCGCAGAUUACGCACCAGGCACAGAAUUUCGAUGGUGGUCAUUUACCUCUUCUUCAGUUGCUGUUGACAGUCUAAAACCCUUUCUCGGGCCUUCAGGUCAUCGAACAUUUUUCUCAAUUGAUUGUAAAACUGGUAAAUCAAUUAUGGACUACUCACAUUACCCAGAUGCCGAAAAAGAGGUCAUUCUACUGCCAGCUACCAAGCUACAAGUAAUUGGAUAUCUACCUGCUGGAAAUGAUCUGUAUCUAAUACAACUGAAAGAAACUGAAGCGUCUCCCUUCAUCGAUCGAAAGCCUGUUCAGAAUCUAUACAAUGAUCAUUUUCUUAAGCCUUGUGAAUUCAACUUUGAAAUUCUUGAGAAUGUGAAACCUCCAAUGGCUGGUAAUGUUAAAGUUCCACAAGGUUUCAUCCGCCAUCACCGCGUUAAACUUAUUGCCGGCGUGAUACUGACUUUAUGUAUUAUUUGUCGCAUUAAUCGUGAUCGGUGUAACACUUCUAGCCAUGCAAAAUGUGAACCCUUUCUUCAACCAUCGUUGUCACAAUCUACCUGCACUAAACCAAGCUGGAAGAAACAGGCUGUCACGGUGGCAGGAACUACUGGUAAAUGGGGUUCAUCCAGCACUCAGCUCUAUACUCCAGCGGGCAUCUUUAUUGAUCCGAACGGUUAUAGUCUCUACGUGGCAGAUAUGUGGAACUACCGUAUCCAAAAAUUCGUCCAAGGGUCAAAUACUGGUAUUACAGUUGCAGGAGGACACGGUCAAGGAGAUGCUUCCAAUCAGCUGAAUUCUCCGUCUGAUGUCUUUGUCGAUUCAAGCGGAAACUUAUUCAUAGCCAAUGCCAAAGCUAACCGAAUUCAAAUGUGGAAACCUAACAGUAGUGAAGGUGUUACAGUUCUCAGGACUAACGGAAAUGCUGCUGCAAUUGCUCAAAGUAAAAUGAAGAAAGAAGAUUUCUAUAUAACGACAUACGAUGGAGAACUAAUAAAAUAUUCGUCACCAGACUCCACAGUGAAAGUAAUCGGCACAAGUAUAAAUAAUGGUGCAGGUAUUUACGUUGACAAGUGUGAUAAUGUCUACGCAGCUGAUUAUGGCGGUGGAAAGAUUGAGAGAUUUGCACACGUUAGCCAAACUACAACCGGGGAAAUUAUUGAAAAUAAUCUGUCUGCCCCUACGGAUGUCUUGGCAGAUCCAUAUGGUAAUUUGUAUAUUGUUGAACAAGGUAGACAUGUCGUACAUCGAUGGAGUGUUAAAUCUCAAGCACCGGAGGUAAUUGCCGGUAUCCGCGGCGAAAUGGGAACUGAUGCGGAACAUUUGUUUCAGCCAUGGAGUUUAGACUUUGAUUCUAAGUACAAUUUGUACGUGUCGGAUAAAGCGCAUUCGUAA